AUGGCAGAUCUUAAUCAAUAAAACUUAGAUGGUGUUGACAACGCUAAUGAGUUGACUCAACUUGUAUAAAACAUGCUGAACUAGAUGCAACAAAGAUUCUAGAAUAUGAGUGAUAAUAUUGUAUCAAGGAUUGAUGAUAUGGGAAAGAGAAUUGAUGAAUUAGAGGCAUCUAUUGCUGACCUCGUAAAUGAAGCCUAGAAUGACCCAGAUGUUGCUAACAAUUAAAGACCAGGAGCUGGUGCAAUCGCUAACCAAAAUUUGAUUGACUGCUAUGAACAUGUCAAAAGCCAAUCAAAUGGAUAGAAACCAGAUGCAAAUCUACUCUAAAAAUGCGAACCAUUCAAGAGAGAAAUACAAGAGGUUCUAAUCUCUGACAGAUUAGUGAUGAGCGAAUUAAUCAAAUAAAGACUGAUAAUCCUUAAAAGAAUUAGUCAUACCUUUAAAGCAGUUCCAGCUGAACCUUCACUCUACUGA